ACUUCAGAAAGAUGUUAGACCUCGUCGCGGGCAAAUGUAUACCGUUUGAAGCGCUCCUUUCACGAUAAUACGCGAAAGGUGAAAAGGAAAACGCGAAUAAGUUACUUUUUUACGCACCACAAUUAUUGUUAUUAUUUUUUUUUCCAAAAUCGGCUAUUAACAGAAUUUUUCCCUGUUACUUUUGUUGGUGUUAAAAAGUUUAUUAAAAUAAAAUAGUGAUCAGAAAGAUGAAGAUUAAGUGAAAAACGAAAAGAAAUAAAAGGGUUACUUUUUUUUUUAUUAGUUUUUGAGGAGUUAAUUUAUUAUAAUGGCUUAUAAGUACAGGGAAGAAAUUGUGGGGAAACGGUUUUUGUCAGUGAGUGGAUUUACAAAGUUAAAAUUGGGAAGAUGCAGUGAGUGGGGAUGGAGAUCAGGUGUUGUGAGGGCUGCUACACAUAAGGAUAACACCAAUAAGGAACUACAGGUUUUAGUUGAAUACGAUGACGUUGAAUGGCACAGACGCGAAUGGAUCAGCAUUUACAAAGAUAGUCUUUUUCGAUUGUUUAUGGUGGAACAAGGACUUUGUUGGGCGGAAAGAAGGGAUCCUUACGCUAAUAGCCACGGAAAAGUUAUUUGGCCCGCACUUACGUUUCUUUCAUUGGUAUCCACCGUAGAAAUCCCACAGCACACGCAACCGGUCGAGUUCUUGUUGGACCACGAGUUGGCCUUCACGGAUUACAAGCAGCUGAAGCCAUUUCAGGAAUGGGAUUCGUCACUUUCCGGUGUUAGAGAAUAUCCUGAAUUAAAAGCUUCGGUUAAACGAUGGGCUGAACAACAAGACGGCCAAAGAAUCCUUUUGGCAACUCCUAGUGUUCUUGUCGGAUACAGGGUUGAAGUUUACAGGGCGGAAGGGACCACUCAAUGGUAUACAGCUGUUAUAGUUGGAUACAACGAAGCUACUAGGGACCUGACAGUAACGGACGAUACCGUCCUAGAGGAACACAACGAAGAUCCCGCUUUAGUUCAGAUGAGACUGAUAGGAGAUGGAGUUGUUGAAUCUAUCAUGCGUGGUGAAAAUGUAGGGAUUACGCCAAGAAGAUCCAGAUCAACCGUUCUUCAAGCUCAAUAUUAUCAUCAACAACAAACGGGUAGAGUAAUUCGUGGUAUAUCACUUGCAACACCUACAAAUACUGCCUCAACAACUGUUACUACGAGAAAACCUAAAUCGAGUCCAUCAGAAGAUAAAGGUUCCUCCAGCGCAAAAGCGGGUCGAAAAAGAAAAAGCAGCGAAAACGAGUCGACAUCGAAACAACGUCACGCGGGUUAUCUGAACGUUAAGGAGGAUUUAGAGAAUAAACAAGGGAGGAAAAGGAACGUGGUGAAUCAUCGCGGUAACGCGAAGAAAAAGGUUUUGGAGGAGGCGACCAAUAGUAAACUUCGGGUGGUUCAGGUUCGGGUCGAGGACUGCCUGCAGAACGCUGCCCUCAACGAUGGCGCACUCUCGGCCGUCUGCAGGCGGUCUCUAGAAGAGGAGGAGAGUGCCGGCGAGCAACAGGCCGAGGAAGAAGAGGAAGACGACGACGAGGAGGAGCCGACUGUUGAAGAAGAGGACGUUAGCAGUGGUGUCGGUGAAUUAGUAGUAGUGAACGAGGCGAAAAAACCGACGUCCAAAGGAGGAGAGUAUUACGACGCUGACGAUGAUGACGACGGCGAUGUGCGAAAAGUGGUUGUCGUGGUGAGUGGUACGUGCAAUGUGGAGGGUGGUAACGGUGUCGAAGAACAACGGGUGUCAGCGAGAGGAGGCGGUGGUGAAAGGCCUCCAUCAGAGACGGUAGUUGCAGAAGUGGUCAGCGAGGAGGACGACUGCGUGAUAGUUACGGCCACGCCGAAGAUCAUCGACGAGUGCCCCCUCCGCGGUGACGAUGAGGGACCUCUCUCCUCGUCCUCGCCGUUCAAUACCAGCAGGAUGGAACUCGCAGACUCUGCCCAUGGACAGCUACUACGGUUCCCCGAUGAUCGAUCAGACUCAGGUGUAAGUUCAUUACGUUCAGGCAGUGGAGAUGAGAGGUCAGGGUCACGUUCCAGCGCCCUGAGCUCAUCAGACGAACCGCCGCCGCCGCCUUCGCACCAGCAGCAACAGUUAGUUGCCGGACCACAGUCGGCGAGCGUCGCGACGCUUGGCGUCCGACCACUGCAGACGCGCUCGCCGCUCUUCGUACCGUCGAGCACCAACACGCCGCCCGCGCCGUACAGCGUCGUAGUCGGCGGCGGCAGCGGAAGCGUCACCGCCUCCACUCCGGGCCCAGGACCAGGACCCGGAGCCGCCGCCCCACAGUCCGCGGCGGCUAUCGACGCGGCGGUACGUGUGUGGCGCGACCCCAACCUGCUGUUGGAGUCCGAGCCGCACGUCCGCCACAUACACAGCGUCCAGCACCACACGCUGCUCAUGUCGCACCCGUCCCAGCAACAGCCGCCAGGCCAGCAAGCGCAGCCAGCGGCGCACCCAACGCUCUAUCCACCAGUACCACCGCCCCCGCCCUCAGCCCUCAUGUCGCCGCACCUCUCGCACCAUCCGCAUUUACCGCCGCCCGCUCUUUAUACCCUCCGCCCGGAAAUGGUACCGGCUCUUUGGGGCAAACAAUACAUCCCUGGACACCUGCCAUUACCGCAGGUGCCACCGCAGACGUCGUCCGCAGCCGAAGAAUUACUCGAGAGGGAUAGGGUCUUGGCACAGGAUAGAGAUCGACAAGAAAGACAAGAACGGCAGAGGCAAAGUCAAGAGAUAGAAAAGCAAAAAGAGAAGGAAAGAGAGCAAAGAGAGCGCGAAAGACAAGAGAGAGAGCGGAUGGAGAAGAUGGAACGCGAGAAACAGGAGAAGGAACAGCAACAGGCGCAGGCAGCUGUUCAGAAGCACUUUGAAGAGUCACUUCGGAGGAUGCAAAAGCAACCACACGCUGCCAACGCUUGGACGGGGUUCAGUUUACCACCUCCGAGAGGGACCAGCGCGGAUGAGGAGCGUAAACGAGCCGAACAAGAGCACCAUCAACGGGAGCAACAGAGACGCGCAAUGGCAGCCUCUCGACCUGACAGUAGAGAUAAGACUACCUAUUACACCAACACGGUUCAAAGACCUUCGAGUGUUCCUAGUAAAACCGAUUAUCCUCCACCUGCUCAUAGCAGGGAAAGAUUAGGUAGCGGGAGCAAAAGUAACGAAAAGUUGAUGCAUAAUUUAAACCCCGAAGUAAACGCUUUUGGGUAUCCCGCGUAUCAACCGCCUUUUUUUCCUCAAGAUCCUUCCAAGUUAAAAGAUCAUCAUAAAGGUGGACAACCAGGUGGGCAAGUAAUGAUUAAAUCCAUGGAACGAGAACGGGAAUUGCUACAAAAUCCUUCUAUUCAUAUUGAAGCUAAGAAUUCUGUGAUUGUUAAACACGAAAAGAAUCCGCACCAUCUCGACGUGACAUCCAGGAUGUCUCAAGCGCAUUCGAAGAGUCCGCAGUUACGAACGGACUUGAUGAGCCAUUAUAUGAGUUCAAGUCAACAUAAACCUAGUAUGUACACUCUUCAAGAUUAUAGAAGUCCCACGCAAAGCCCUCACCACGUCCAGCAUCCCCACGCACCUAGCCCACAUCACCACGAAGCCCAAAACUUAGGAAAAACUCAUCAUAGUAGAACAAGUUCCCAACAACCCUCUCCUCAUCAUCCCCAUUCCCAACAACAUCCUUCUCCAGAACUAAGGUAUCGAAACGAUAACCACAUUUCGUCUCUUUAUAAUUCAAAAUCCAUCACCAAAGGAACCCUCAAUUCUGUUAGUUACACCUACGUCCCUCCGGCCACUACUAUUUCACAUUAUACAAUUGCCGCUGGAACAAGUCUUACAAAUAUGAAGCCUAAAGUUAGCAGUCCCGCGCCUCACCAUAUUUACGGAAAACCUUCCGCCGGGAUUGAAACAUCAAUGCCGGUUAGCAGACCAAAUAGUGAACCAAUGGUUGGAGUGGUAAAUCCGCUUCCAUUAACAUCGAAACCGCUUUCAUCGAGCGUUUCAUCUCCGUACCAACAAGUUUCGCAAUACCAUCCACCGAUUCCGCAAAAUACGCCACCUACGAACGUCCUACCACCACCUGCUCACAGUUCGAGGUUGCCUACAACGUACGAUCGGAUGUAUCCAGGUGGAAUCGUACCUGGCGGUUUAGCGGUUAAACCAAGCAUACAACAUGGUACGUCACCUCCAACCGCUGCUUCAGCUCCGUCUCCAAUAGCGCGAAGUCAUCAACAGUAUAGUAUGCCAGGUGUGACUUAUCCAUCACAAAACAUCCCAUCAAUUCCUUCAGUUCAAACACAACCCUUAGAUUUUUGCGUUACACCUAAAUACGAUUCGGCAACGUCUCCUAAAAGAAAAGCAACGCCGGUGAGUUCAGCUUCGGCACCUAUGUGUCUGGAGAAAAAGCGUCGAGUGGAGACUCCCCCUCAUCCCUACGCUAACCAAUCAACGCAACAACCUCAACUAGCGCGAGUGUCGGAACCGAGCUCUUUAAUAGCGAACGCGGCAACGACAAUUACGACGGUGGUGAACGCGGCUGCCCUAAGGACGACGCCUACAUCGAUGAUGCAAGGGCAACCGGUACCCAUGGAAUCUCUUCCGUCGGAUGUGAGUGUGAUCUCAAUUGUUAGUGAGAAAUCUCCCGGGGCACGGGAUGCUUGUGAAGUGGUGGUUAGUCCCACAGUUGUGCAAAACAUUACCCCUCCGCCCUCGACUACACCCGUUGACGUGGCUUUGAACAGUUGUGCGACCCCCAUUAAAGUUGUGGAGAUAGUGAACCCCGACUCCGAGAAGUCUAAUAGUCCCGGUCCGAAUAAAGCGGUAUCGUCAACUGGUAGUACGACCACCAGCACGGUAACUACGACAACCAGUUUGAGCACUUCAACCAGUUCGCAUCCAAUUAGACACUUAAAGAAAGCGUGGCUACAAAGGCAUACGGGCGAAGAUGUUGUCGACCGAACUGGAAUAACCGGAACGGGAAGUUGCGUUACAUUACCCAUAAACAUUACUAAUAAUGUCCCAAAAGAACCAACAACGGUAACGUCUUUACAUAGCAUUGGAUCGAUGGCUGUAAAUAGUAUAAAUAAAACGAAACACUUUGGUGCGAAAACCAACAACCGAAAAUCGCAUAAAGAUAAUUCAUUGAACGGAGACGCCGCUAAAGCGGACGAUUCUUCCAGUUCAGAUCAGGAACGUAAUAGGAAAGAUCCGCCGAAACGAAAACCACCAAAAGUAAAACGAAAAAAAGGCGGAACGGCAGCGAAAAAAGUCGAGGAACAUAAAAAAAGGAAAGUCACAACCAGCACUAGUAAUCCGCCGAUUCAAAGCGAAAGCGGUAGCGACAGCGAGAAGGAGAGUGGUAGCGAAAAAGAUUCCGAUUCCGGAGCUAGCACCACCGUUGCUCCGGUCGCAAAAAAGACUCCCGGACCCGCCGUUAAAGACAAAGAACCGCGAAAACGUGGUAGAAGACCCAAGACUUCAAAAAACGAUAAGAGCGAGGAGCCGCGCACGAAGAAAUCCAAAGAGGAAGCUUUGCCCCAGCGCGACCCCUUUCGCAAACCACCAGUGGGGCAACUGAAGAAAACCGGGGAGAGUUUUCUUCAGGACGGACCAUGCUUCGAAGUUGCGCCUAAAUUAGCCAAAUGUCGAGAAUGUCGUUGGACGCCAAAUCAACGAUCGAAAAACAUGCCAAAUAUUUUUUGUCGAUUUUAUGCUUUCCGACGACUUCGAUAUACUAAAAAUGGACAAUUGGCUAUCGCGGGCUUCUCGGAUCCCCAUAAAGAUGCUUCAGAGGAUGAUUUAAAAUUAUGGCUCCCAUCGGCUGAUAAACCACCCACCGAUUUAGAUCUUGAAACAUCCAGAUUUAUUUUAAAGCAAGUCGGAGAUCAUUUUUGUAAUUUGUUAACUCAAGAAAAGGAUGCGCAUGGUGAACAUAUGUCUGAAGAAAAAACAAUCGCUUGGAAAAGAGUUGUUCAAGGAGUAAGAGAAAUGUGCGAUGUUUGCGAAACGACACUCUUUAACAUUCAUUGGACGUGUGGAAAAUGUGGUUUCGUAGUUUGUUUAGAUUGUUACAAGGGAAGAAAAAACAAGACGAUUAAAAUUUGGGGAGAACCCGGUAAAGAUCGCGAUGAUUACUCAUGGUUGUUAUGUACGAAUCGUCAACCUCACGAACAAGAAAAAUUAAUGUUAACACAAAUAAUAGCCGGGGAUUCACUCACAAAGUUAGGCCGUUUAGUUCACGAAAUGCGCGAACUUUGGAACGUUGAACAACACUGCGAAUGUCCGUUAAGUAAAGAAAUUAAUCCAAAAACGAACGGUACCCGUAAAGAACUGAUUAAGUGUAUUCUAUCCGGCGAGAAUGGCAUCAAAAAAGAAAUUAAAGAAGAAUCGGAUGUUAAACCACUCGCAAACGGUGCAAACACAACAAGUGUCAAAGAUGAAAAGAACUCGUUAAGUUGGUUAGCAGAUGUAGCGCUUUCUAAUGAAGACAAGAAAAACGAGGACACCAGCGACUCGGAAGACGGUAGUUUUUCAACGUUACGGGAGCUUCUAAUUCGGCCUUCUCAUAAACACAAUGGCAGUCGAGCUGGGUCCCCGGUUUCGGCUGCGAAAACUUUAAAGAAAACUGGACGAUUCGAUGCGACUCUCGAGGAGAUCAUUUCGACUGUUGUUGAAGAUGGUGUUCCGAAAUUGAAGGAGGAAACUAUUUCGCCAGAAACUAAGAUCGAAUUGAAGCACUUUGUUAGGAAGGACAACUACUUAGCCAGGAUACGCGGAAUGUUGCCUAUAAGAAUUAUGACUUUAACCGAAAGUAAACUUCUUUAUCCUGAUAUUCCGCAUAGUUGGCUUUGUGAUGGAAAGUUGCUGAGAUUAAAUGAUACUACACAUCAAGGAAAUACUAAAAUUUUCCAGGAUCAAUGGAAACGAGGUCAACCAGUUUUAGUUUCUGAUGUAACAAAACAUUUAAGUAAAGAUUUAUGGACACCGGAAGCUUUUAUUCGCGACUUUGGCGAAGACAAAAAUGAUUUGAUUAAUUGUUUGACGGGAAACUUGGUUUUGAAUCAACCGAUGCGAAAGUUUUGGGAAGGUUUCGAACAUUUAACUCGGCGAUUAAAAGAUGAUAAGGGAAAUCCGAUGUUAUUAAAAUUAAAAGAUUGGCCUCCUGGUGAAGAUUUUUCAGAUAUGCUUCCUAGCCGAUUCACCGAUUUAAUGAAAGUUUUGCCAUUAUCCGAGUACACACACAGAAAUGGAAGAUUAAAUUUAGCCGGUCGUUUACCGGAGUGUUUUGUACGACCGGAUUUAGGUCCGAAAAUGUACAACGCUUACGGAAGUGCUUUGCAUCCUUCGAAAGGGACGACAAAUCUUCAUUUGGAUAUUUCAGACGCUGUCAAUGUGAUGGUUUAUGUUGGUAUUCCAAAAGACGGCGAUUGUGAUGAGCAUAUAAAAGAAGCUUUUCGAGCAAUAGAUGAAGCUGGGUGUGAUAUAUUAACAAGAAGAAGAGUUAGAGAUAAAGGUGAACUUCCCGGUGCUUUGUGGCAUAUUUAUAACGCGAGAGAUGCCGAUAAAAUACGGGAUCUUUUAAAUAAAGUUGUCGUUGAAAAAGGCGGUUGUCUAGAACCAAAUCAUGACCCCAUACACGAUCAAAGUUGCUAUUUAGAUGGUCCGUUACGUGAACGUCUUUACAAGGAAUAUGGCGUUGAAGGAUAUGCAAUAGUGCAAUGUUUGGGUGAUGCUGUUUUUAUUCCAGCGGGAGCUCCACAUCAAGUACGCAAUCUUCAUAACUGUAUUAAAGUGGCUGAAGACUUUGUGUCUCCGGAAAAUGUUUCACAAUGUUUUCACUUGACCCAAGAGUUUCGUGAUUUAUCUGAUACACACACAAACCAUGAAGAUAAAUUACAAAUCAAGAAUAUUAUUUAUCAUGCGGUGAAAGAUGCUCUUUCAGUUUUAACAUCUGUGCUUAAUGACCACGCGAAUACAGUCAAAACGGAAAAGGAAACGGAAAGGAGUAAUGGAAGUGGUGGAAAUAGUGUGUGCGCGGAUGAACAUUCGGGAAAAUCCACGGACUCGCAUGGCGAGCAGGUUUAAAACUUGUGAUAGUAGACUCUCGUGUAAAAUUAAUUAUUAAUGGAAAAAAGUUAUUAAUUAAAAUAAAAAAGAUUUAAACGUU